AUGUCCGAUCGGGAAUCUGAGUCAGCCAGAUCUGACUCUGUUCCUUCCACCGAUGCCUCCCAAUUAACCCCCAUCGCCAACGCCAACGGCAUAGGAAGACCCAAACCGGUUUUGGGCGAGUCGGCGGCUAAGAAACAUAAGCUUUCCCAAGCAAGUUACAUCGCCAGAGAGUACGGUACGCCUCUCCAAACCAGAGCGGCCUCUCCUUGUACCUUGAACCCUCCUAUAGACAGUGAUGGGUUAUCAUGGCCUUCCAAGGGCGCCAGGUCCAGGAUUGAACAGAGUGACGAGGAAGCUAAGCAGCGUGAACAGCGUAUUGCUACUGCGGUGAAGUCGAUUUUGCACGAGCUAGGCGAAGACGUCGAUAGAGAGGGUCUCUUGGAGACUCCAGAACGGUACGCCAGGGCGAUGCUUUACUUUACCAAGGGAUACGAAGACAAUAUUCGAGAUGUGGUGAAGCGGGCGGUGUUUGAGGAGGAUCACGACGAGAUGGUGAUUGUUCGUGAUAUCGAAGUGUACUCCUUGUGUGAGCAUCACUUGGUGCCGUUCUUUGGCAAGGCCCACAUUGCCUACAUUCCUAAUAAGCGGGUUGUGGGUCUUUCCAAGCUUGCACGUCUUGCUGAGAUGUACUCCCGCCGUUUCCAGGUCCAGGAGCGUUUGACCAAGCAGAUUGCCAUGGCCUUGAGCGAGAUCUUACACCCUAGAGGUGUGGCUGUAGUUAUCGAGGCUACCCACAUGUGCAUGGUGAGCCGUGGUGUUCAAAAGACAGGCUCUUCCACUACAACAAGCUGCAUGUUGGGCUGCUUCCGCCAGCAGCAAAAGACCCGAGACGAGUUCUUGACCCUCUUGGGCAGAAAGUAG